UUAAUAGGUUUGCGGCGGUGGACAGAGUUUGUAAAAAAUGAAGACAAGGAGUAACAAGUACCUGCAAAAAUCAUCCAUCAGCCGGAUAUGUGCUGUCGGAGGGUUUUUCAUUAGCAUUCCCGUCUUUCUAACUGGUAUGAUAUUGUAUACAUUCAUCCAGUUUCAUUCGACGCCGGCAAUCGUUACGUCGGUUUUCAUAGGCCUUGGCAUCGUGUUUUGUGGAUGCGCAAUGGUCCAUAACGUCUUCGUGUGGCAGAGGGAGAAGACGAAUGCCGUGAAGGCGUUAGCGCGCGAACAGUGCGAAGCGGCGGUACAGCUGCAGCGUCAGCAGCAGCUGCAACAGCACCAGAACCAGCCCCAGCUACAACAGCAACAACAACUACGUGGCCCGUUAACCAUCCACCAUGCUGGCUGCCCAACGAAAGUCGGGCCCGUGACGAACCAACUAAAUACCAGCCACGCAACGCACGGCCGAGCUGCACAGUACCAACACUAUCAUCACCAUCAUCAUCAUCGACACGUGUCAAUGUCCCCACCGCCCUUGUUGCUCUCAUCGCCAGCUCCGAUCGCGGCGACGCACAAUCAUCUGAACGUGAGCGGACACAGAAACGUGGUUACGCCACCGGAUACACCAGCAGAUAGAUCGCCACCGAGUCCUGGAAAUAAGCUAAAUAGAUCGCAGCAUUUGCCACGGGAAGCAACCGGCAGCGUCAGUCCUGGUCUUCCGGCUGCCACAUUGGAUCUAAGUAGCGCAGCAACCACCAAUAGUCCGCAUGAAUUGUCCACGUUAGUUUAGAAAUUUGGUCCGAACAUUAUAUCUUCACAUAGGAUUGGAGAUUAAUAGUUGAUAGUUAAUUUACACAUCGAUCUUUUUAUUUGUAAAUUGGGUCGUGGUUUAGAGUUGGUUUGUAAAAAUUCGGUCCUAAUUGUUAAAUGAUGAAUAUUGAUUAAGAAUAAUAGGCAUUGAUGUACCAAUCUUUUUUUAACUUAUAUACUUGAGCACACGCAUUGGAGAUUUCACUUUUAUUCAGUGAAACAGCAACUUCAUUACUCGCUUAUUCAAUACGGCAAUUGCAUAUAUUUCAUGGACAUUUUAACAAUGUUUUGAAUAAUUUCUAACGGUACAAUUGUGAUGAAGUGAAAAAAAUCGUGAUAAGAAACAGAGAGAAAAGUUGCUCGUUAAUGAAUAUUGACCAGAAAUAAAGUAAUUUCUAAAGAAUAUCCCGAAGACGUCGUAGAUAUUACGAAAGGAAUGAUUAAUUUAUACCCGCGUGUAUCUUGCCAUUACCAUACUAUUAUUAUUAUUAUUAUUAUUAUUAAUAUUGUUAGUAGUACUCGAUUACAUUAUUAUUAAUAUUAAUAUU